GCGCGUUCGAGAAAUCUCCACACACUCCUCCAGGAGGCAAGUGCCCAUCGCCGAUCCUCCCGGCUCCCACUCGGCAUCCACCGAUCCACGGCGAUCUACGGCCCUCCUCCUCCUCCCGAAUCCCUGACUGGCGCAUCCAGCCUCGGUCCUCGCCGCUUCCACGCCCCCAAACCCUAGACCCUCCCGGCGCGGCCCACCACACUCCAUCGGCGCCGUUACUCACCGUCCUCCGCCGUCGGGUACUUUCCCCCAGGCGAGCAACGCCAGCUAAGGUCUCGGCGACCGCCUGCGGUGAUGGGCGCGGACGAGCACCCGUCCCCGACGCGUAAGCGCGACCGCGAGGAGGAGGGGGAGGUCGCCGACGGUGGCGCCGCCGAGAAGCACCCGCGGGCGGAGGGCGCGUCUCUGCUUGGGCUCGCCAACUACGAGGAGGAGGAAGCAGCCAGGGGCCACGCGAAUGGCCGCCGCGAGGAGGAGGACGAGGACGAGGACGAGGAGGAGGACGCGAGGAGGGCUCCAGAGAGGAGGCCGAGGCAGGUGGAGCUGCGCCGAGACUGCCCUUACCUCGAUACCGUGAACCGACAGGUCCUUGAUUUUGAUUUUGAGAAGUUCUGCUCAAUCUCCUUGUCAAAUUUGAAUGUGUAUGCAUGUUUGGUCUGUGGAAAGUAUUUCCAAGGAAGAGGCUUGAAAUCUCAUGCAUAUACACACAGUCUUGAAGCAGGCCAUCACGUGUUCAUUAACCUUCAAACUGAGAAGGCUUACUGUCUUCCUGAUGGGUAUGAGAUAAAUGAUCCAUCAUUAGAAGAUAUUCGACAUGUUCUCAAUCCAAGGUUCACAAAAGAGCAGGUUCUAAAUCUUGACAAGAACAAGCAGUGGUCUAGAGCACUUGAUGGCUCCAAUUAUCUACCUGGAAUGGUUGGUCUUAACAACAUCAAGGAGACUGAUUUUGUGAAUGUCACAAUACAGACAUUAAUGAGAGUUACUCCUUUGAGAAAUUUCUUUCUCAUCCCUGAAAAUUAUCAGCGUAGCAAAUCGCCAUUGGUUCAUCGUUUUGGGGAACUAACACGCAAGAUUUGGCAUGCUAGGAACUUCAAGGGCCAGGUUAGUCCACACGAGUUUCUGCAAGCAGUUAUGAAGGCCAGCAACAAGCAGUUCCAGAUUGGUGUACAAUCUGAUCCGGUGGAAUUUAUGUCGUGGCUCUUGAACACACUGCAUGUUAAAUUAAAAAGCUCAAAGAAGAAAAACAGAAGCAUAAUACAUGAUUGCUUUCAGGGAGAACUUGAAGUUGUUAAGGAGAUUCACAGGAAGCAUAUAAUGGAAAAAAGGGAGGAUGGGGACGAGCAGAAUGGUGAGGCAGGUUCAGUGGUUGGAACAACAAAUGAUGGUACUGUCACUGAAACAUCUAAGGUCCCAUUCUUGAUGCUCGGUCUUGACUUGCCACCGCCACCUCUCUUCAAAGACGCCAUGGAGAAAAAUAUCAUUCCACAGGUACCACUGUUUAAUAUACUGAAGAAGUUUGAUGGUGAGACUGUGACAGAGGUUGUCCGUCCAUCUAUUGCUCGGAUGAGGUAUCGAGUCACUAGAUUGCCGAAGUAUCUGAUUCUUCAUAUGCGGCGAUUUACCAAAAAUAACUUCUUUGUUGAGAAAAAUCCUACUCUAGUAAAUUUUCCUGUGAAGAACUUGGAGUUAAAGGAUUACAUUCCAUUACCUAAGCCAAAAGAUAAUGAUAAGCUACGUUCGAAGUAUGACCUCAUAGCAAACAUGGUCCAUGAUGGUAAACCAGGCGAAGGCUGCUACAGAGUAUUUGUACAGCGUAAAUCAGAAGAGGCGUGGUAUGAGAUGCAGGAUCUCCAUGUCACCGAGACUCUUCCUCAAAUGGUAGCUCUUUCAGAAACCUACAUGCAAAUAUAUGAGCAGCACGAAUGAAUAACGGACUGAUCGUCAUGUAGUCUUCCAUAGCCAGUCUUUUUGCUUAACACAGACCCUAGAAUUGUGAACUAAUCCUUAUUUUCGAAGUAAUUUUUUGGGGUAAAAUUUUGGUAGUCACUUUGCACGAGUUCAGGCUUAAUUCCUUGCAAAUUACGGCUUGAGGAAUUGUACUGGGCUGUUUAGGUUGAUGCUAUGGACUAUGGAGACUGGAACACAGGGAAUAUUUUAGAGCUGCUCACUGCUCUGUAUGCUCGGCUGGUUAGAGACUAGAGAGGAAAGCUCCCUUCCUACUGUAGUGUAGCAUGUACCUGUUGUGAAUCAUUUCGCUUUCAACCGUUACAGUACUUGGGUUUGAAGCUGGUAAAUUGAUCUUGUUUGCAACUGCACAUAUAA